AUGCUUGCAACUGGAGGCACCGAUGCAGUGAUUAAUUUAUGGCAUGACUCUACAACUUCUGAGAAAGAUGAAGCUUUUCGUAAAGAAGAGGAAGGUGUUUUAAAAGGUCAAGAGCUAGAAAAUGCUGUAUCAGAUGCAGAUUACACCAAAGCAGUCCAAAUUGCCUUUGAGCUACGCAGGCCUCAUAAGCUGUUGGAGUUAUUUGGAGAAAUUAGCAGGAAGAGACAUGCUGAAGGUCAGAUUGAGAAAGCUUUUCAUGCUCUUGGCAAAGAGGAAUAUCGUCUACUUUUGGAAUAUGUUCGAGAAUGGAAUACAAAGCCAAUCCUCUGCCAUAUUGCUCAGUUUGUGCUUUUCCGGGUUUUCAACAUGCUUCCUCCAAAAAAGAUUAUCGAGAUACGAGGCAUUGGAGAACUCCUUGAAGGUCUUAUCCCAUAUUGUCAGAGGCAUUUCAGUAGGAUAGAUGGGCUGGAAAGAAGCACAUUCCUGUUGGACUAUACCCUUACAGGAAUGUCUGUUAUUGAACCAGAAAUUGAGGAAAGAGAAAUAGAAGACAAGUCUGUGAAGCAUUCCAAGGAUGCAGAUGAGGAGCAAUUAGCUAAAACUGCAAUGGUGGAGCAGGAACAGGAGCAGGAUCAUGCAGAGCAAAAAGAGAAGAGUUCUUCGAAAAAACAGAAAUCCCACAAAUCCAGAGAUGUUGCCAAUAAGAAAAUCAAAGGAGAAAUGUGGAUGAUUGAGCUUCGUUGCGAAAAGCCGUGGGAGAAAAAGAAAAACCAGAAGUCUUUCUUUGUUGAGGCCCAUGUAGAGUGGUUUGCUGGAGAACAUCAGUGGAUUCUAUUUAUCCCACUCUUUCAGAAAGCAGCAACUCUGCUUACUAAAUUUAUGCUUGAAGUCACUGUCUGA